GUUAAGGAUAAUUGGCUUUUGGGUGAAAUUUAUGGAAAAUGUAAAAAGUUCACGCUACAGUGAUAUUAUAUCAUGAAAGUAGGGCAUUUAAGUAGAAGCAUGCAAUGGUGAUUUCCUCAUCUCAAACAAUUUAUUGAUACAAAAGCCAACAACAGUGGUGGGUAUACCACAACAAAAAAUGUCAAUGUCUCAAUAAUUUGUCAUGUGCCCUUGACCAUCAAUUACAGCUUGACAACGACGUCUCACGCUGUUCACGAGUCGACUUAUUGUCUGCUGAGGCAUGGCAUUUCACUCUUCUUGAAGGGCGGCCCUCAGGUCAUUGAGGUUCUGGGGUGCAGGGUUACGAGCCUCUACACGGCGACUCGGCUUAUCCCACAGGUUUUCUAUGGGAUUCAGGUCUGGAGAAAGUGCAGGCCACUCCAUUUGAGGUACCCCAGCCUCCAGCAGCCGUUCCCUAAUGAUGUGACCUCGAUGAGCUGGAGCAUUGUCGUCCAUGAAGAUGAAAUUAGGCCUGUGUAGUUCAGGCAGGGGCACAAUGACUGGAUUAAUGAUGUUAUUCAGGUAGUAUUGGCUUGUCACUGUACCAUUCACAAGAUGUAGGGCAGUUCUGUAUUGAGUAGACACACCUGCCCAGACUGUAACACCACCACCACCACCAAGGCUCGUCUAUGGUGACAACAGUGGCUGAUGCAUAGCACUCUCUUUGACGUCUCCAAUAUCAUUUCUGCUCAACGUGAAUCGACUUUCAUCAGAGAACAGCACUGAGGCCCACUGGUCCCUCGUCCAGUGUAAAUGCUCCCUGGCCCAUGCAAGACGAUGAUGCCUGUGCCUGGUGACACUCUGCGACACUCUAAGCAUAGUGGCCACUUCCCUCUGAGAACAUCCUGUUUGAAGCCUUGCAAUGGCUUUGAGGACAAAAUGUUCACUUGCUGCCUAAUAUAUCCCACCCACUAGCAGGUGCCAUGAUGAGGAGAUCAUCAGUCUUAUUCACUUCACCUGUCAUAGUGUUAUGCCUUACCUGUGUAUAUUACUUCAGUAACGAAACAUACAGUAAUGAAUUACAUUUACUUCAUUACUGCCCAUCACUCAUCCUGGUUGUGUGUGUGUGUGCUGCUUUCCCAUCCCUGAGCUCUACCUGCUGAAGUAGGAGGAUGUUGGAGAUGUUCAGCUGAUGAACUGAUAGGAACAACUAGUACUUUCUGUCUUACUGAGAAUUAUUACAGAAUUAUUUAUGAAUAUAAAUCUUAUUCAAUAUAUAAUUCAAAAAGUAGGUUUAUUUCAGUGAUGGAAUUAAACACUGACUCUUAUUUAGUGUUUUAGAGAUUUGUAGCCUGAUCUUUACACUAACGAACUACAUGAGAGUCAUAUUUACGCCAUUACGGAUGCUACACCUACUCGUAUAAAUAUAAUAGCUUUAAAAAAAAGGCCAAGUUAUAAUUUCCUCAUUCAAAAAUCAUUUCAGAUUUAAUCUUCAGUGGUCAUGCACAGCAAUACUUUAAUCUUGGGCUUAGCUUCUGAAAGCGGAAGUGCCACUCAGACCUCACUAAAUCCCCCUUACUCAUCUCUUAAUACACAUGGUGUUUACCGAUUUAACAGAUUAACGAUAAGUGGUGAAGAUGCUCAGCAGGGGAAUGUCUGAGUCUUCUAGUGUUCUCUCAUUCUGCUCUCAGUCUCCUGCUGUGCAGGGAUGGGCAAAGGUGUGUGUGUGUGAGAGAGAGAGAGAGAGAGAGAGAAGCUGGAGUGCUAUAAGAGGCCUGCUGUUGAAAGAAAAUGCAUCAGAUUGCAGAGAUCAUCGCCGUGAAGAGCAGAAGAAGCGUCUGUAGUGCGACUGAUCGAAGCAGGUGUUCAGGAUGUGUGUAAAGCGAGCGCUCUGGUGGAUGGUGGUGUGUGUGGUGGUGCUGCAGGUGAGCGCUCAGCACUGGUCUCAUGGCCUCAAUCCCGGAGGAAAGCGUGCAGCCAUGCAGGAGACUGUUGAGGAAAUGCCGAGGUCCUCCAGUUACGUGUGCGAUUAUGCAGACGCUUCACCUCGGAAUAAAAUCUACAGACUGAAAGAUCUGCUGAGCCGUGUUGCUGAGCGAGAAACUGGACAAUAACAGAACUGGUCAAGAUCUUCAGUAAAAUGCUUCGCCUUUAUUUUGUGUGUUGUUUUGUAUUACACAAAUUUACAGACUGCUUUUAACUAGCACAUUGUUAUUCAUGUAUCUGUUCAAUAAGACAUGAUAGUGUUAAUAAAAUAUGUGAUAAUUGAGUAAGA